UGUGUGUAUAAAGCGGGGGUGGAUGGUAUCAGAGGCUAUUUAACAGAUGUUGACUCUGAGGCUCAUGUCAGUCAGUCAUGGGUCUUCCUGGGAUUCAGAUGUGGACAUGGACGCUUUGUGUCCUGAGCUGGAUGUGUGUGGGUCAAGCAGUGGCAGGACCGCAGUACAUGGUGGCCAUUCCUGCAGUUCUUGAAGCUGGUGCUGAGACCAAACUCUGUGCGAGUCUCCUGCAGCCCAAUGAGAGUCUGGACAUGACCGUCACUUUGAUGUCCCAAGAGCAGAAUAAAACACUUCUCAAAAAGACAUCCAGUGAAGAGUUUCAUACCUGUGUUCAGUUUCAGGUUCCUUUAGUGCAGAAUGAAGUGGUGCAGAUGUUGGAGGUAGUGGUACGAGGAGACAAUUUCUACUCAAAAGAAGUCAGGAAAGUCAUGAUCAAAGUCUAUCAACCAAUGACAUUCGUCCAAACAGAUAAACCGAUCUACCUCCCUGGACAAACAGUACAUUUCAGAGUCGUUACACUGGACACCAAGUUCAGACCUGCCAGUCAGCCGUACAAUAUCAUAGAAAUUGAGGAUGCUAACAACAACAGGAUUGGGCAGUGGCUGAACAAAGCGUCGAAUGGUAAAAUACUGCAGCUUUCUUACUCCCUGAACUCUGAGGCCCGUGAAGGAACCUACCAAGUCAUUGUGUCGAUUGGUGAAAAUAAAGUGUAUCACAGAUUCAAGGUGGAGAAAUAUGUUUUGCCAAAAUUUGAUGUAAAAAUAAAUGCAUCUGAUGAAGCAAGUAUUGAGCAGGAAGAAAUCAAAGCUGAAGUAUGUGCAAAGUAUACAUACGGACAGCCUGUGCCAGGCAGUGUUGAAGUGCAGCUGUGCCGACCUCUUGAUCAGUAUAUUUAUCGUGGCCUUGUAAUCCAUCAUUUAGAAGGAGUCCCUGAAAUAACUGCCCCAUGCUACAAGGAGACAAAGCAGACAGACAAGAGAGGCUGUGCCACUUUUUUCUUCAAGAUGUCAACUUUCACAAAACUUGACCAAAAGGUGCUGCGAGAUGUACUGGACCUCAGUGCCAAGGUGGAAGAGGAGGGGACGGGUAUUUCACACCAACAGGGGAAGAGAAUAGUGAUUUCAUAUGUUGUUGGAAAGCUGUCCUUCAUUGACACACCCAAGAUUUAUGACCAAGGAUCAAAUGUGGAGGGAAAAGUUAAAGCAGUUCACUACAAUAAUACACCCAUUCCUGACAUGCCAGUGUACCUGUUUGAGGGUGAAAGGUGGUCAGCACGUCUGGUACAGAACCUCACAACUGACAGUGAUGGGAUUGCCACCUUCUCAUUCAGCACAGCAAACUUUAAACAGGACAUCCGCCUCCGUGUUGGCAACAAACCGAAGCUGGACUACGUUGGUUAUAGAAUGCCAUACUAUGAGGCUGGAGAUCAAGUGUUGUCUGCAGCUGAACCUUCUUCUCCUGAUACUAAAACAGUCAGCACCCUGGAGGUGAAGAAGAAGAAGGAUCAGCUGCUUCUCUGUGACAGAGAAGAAGACAUUUCCAUCAAAUACACUGUAGUUGGAGAGAACCGGGGCCCUGUGGAUGUGAUGUAUCUGGUCUUAUCCAGAGGAGCCAUUCUCAUGCAAGGAGUUAAAAAGGUUGAAGUACAAGAUAAAUCAGUGACUGAGGGAGAGGUGUCCUUCAAGUUGACAGUGUCUGCAGAGAUGGCACCAGGCGUCCAGGUUGUAGCUUACGCCAUCCUCCCCAGUGAGACUGUGAUCGCCAACAGUGCUGACUUCUCCACCGAGAAAUGCUUCAGUCACAAGGUGUCGCUGGAGUUUUCUCCGUCCUCAGCUGUUCCAGGAGAGGAAACCAUCCUGCAGGUGACGGCCCAGCCAGACUCUCUGUGUGGUGUUAGUGCUGUCGACCAGAGUGUCCUCAUCAAGGAACCAGGGAAGACUCUGAAUGCAGACAAGAUAUUUGACUUGUUGCCUGUCAGAAAAGCAUCCUCUGUUCCACAUGAGGUUCAAGAUCCUGUACAAUGCUUGCUUGUGAGACCUAAAAGAUCCAUACCGCGCUCUAGAAGGGUCAAUGAAGAUGAUGCUCAUUCAGUUUUCCAGAAUUUAGGGCUGAAGAUGGCAACGAACUUGGUUAUCAGAGUUCCUUCAUGCCUCAAGUACAAAGGAAGAGAAUACCACCAUGGCCAUUAUGGUAUACAUUAUAGAUAUGAAAGUGCUCCUCGGGUACAUAAAAUGGAUAGAAGAGUAAGUCUCUUAACAAGGCUACAUGGUCCUGCUGGAGCUGCUGGAGCUGUCGGAUCUCCUCCACCAAUAGAGACAGUCCGCACUUUCUUCCCUGAGACCUGGAUAUGGGACCUGGUGGAAGUUGGAGAGUCUGGAACAAAGGAUGUGUCCCUCACUGUCCCAGACACCAUCACCACCUGGGAGACGGAGGCUUUCUGUUUGUCCCCUCAGGGGUUUGGCUUGGCUCCUCGUAAAGAGAUCAAUGUUUUCCAGCCCUUCUUCCUGGAGCUCAGCCUGCCUUACUCCAUCAUCCGGGGGGAGCACUUUGAACUGAAGGCAACCACCUUCAACUACCUGUCCAGCUGCAUCAUGGUCACUGUGACUCCAGCACCCUCUUUAGACUACACCCUCACUCCGCUCUCUGGUGACCAGUACACAUCCUGUUUGUGUGGCAGUGAGCGCAAGACCCUCAGCUGGACCAUGGCCCCCUCAGUCUUGGGGGUUGUGAAUGUGUCUGUGACGGCUGAGGCUGUGGCAUCCCACACUUCAUGUGACAAUGAGAUUGUGAGUGUUCCAGAGAGAGGACGUAUCGACGUGGUCACACGAUCUCUCAUAGUAAAGGCUGAGGGAACUGAGAUCACCAAGACCUACAACUUUCUGCUCUGCCCAAAAGGGGAAGCUGUGACAGAGGAAAUAGACAUCCAACUCCCUGAGAACAUGAUUGAUGGAUCUGCCCGUGCUUCACUAUCAGUCCUGGGUGACAUUCUGGGCCGAGCCCUGAAGAACCUGGAUGGGCUGCUGAAGAUGCCGUAUGGAUGUGGAGAGCAGAACAUGGCGCUCCUGGCCCCCAACAUUUACAUCCUCCAGUACCUGGAAAACACACAGCAGCUGACCGCAGCCAUCAAGGAGAAGGCUACCAACUUCCUGACCAGUGGCUACCAGAGACAGCUGAACUAUAAACAUAGCGACGGUGCUUACAGCACAUUUGGAUCAGGACCGGGGAACACUUGGCUGACUGCUUUUGUGCUGAGAUCUUUUGCCAAAGCACAGUCUUUCAUCUACAUUGACCCAAAAAAGAUUGAAGAGUCUAAGUCUUGGCUGGAUGGUAAACAACGAGAAAAUGGCUGUUUCCAGCCGCUGGGGAAACUCUUCAACAACAGAAUGAAGGGUGGUGUGUCUGAUGAAGUGACUCUCAGUGCUUACAUCACUGCUGCCUACUUGGAGAUGAAUACGUCCGUAAAUGAUCCUGUGGUGAAGAAGAGCCUGUCUUGUCUCAGGGAGUCCAUCAGUGACCUCAGCAACACCUACACUACAGCUCUGCUGGCGUACGUCUUCACCCUGGCAGGAGAAACGGAGACCCGUGCUCACCUUCUGAAGCACCUGGACACUGUUGCAUCAAACCAAGGAGGUUUCCUCUACUGGUCUCAGACAGCGACAGAAACGUCAGCCUCUCUGUCUGUGGAGAUCAGCUCCUAUGUGCUGCUGGCCAAACUCAGCGGCUCUCCCGCUGCUGAAGACCUGGGCGCCGCCACCAGCAUCGUUAGAUGGUUGACGGGCCAGCAGAACUAUUAUGGAGGCUUCUCCUCUACACAGGACACGGUGGUGGCUCUCCAGGCCCUGGCUCUCUACUCCACCAGAGUGUUCAGUCCAGAGGGUUCCAGCACAGUGACAGUCCAGUCUCCCAGUGGCCAGCUGACAUUUGAUGUGAAUCAGAACAACAAACUGCUCUACCAGGAGAAGCUGCUGCAGGAAGUGACAGGAAAGUACAGCCUGGAGGUGAAGGGCUCUGCAUGUGCUUCAGUGCAGAUCUCUCUUCACUAUAACAUCCCAACUCCUGCUGCUGUCACCACUCUCAGUGUGGAGGUCAAACCAGAGGCCGACUGCACAUCUCUCAGACCCAAACUCACUCUGAAGCUAAAGUCCCUAUAUAGUGGAACAGCAAGCACUACAAACAUGGUGAUCCUGGACAUCAAAAUGCUCUCUGGCUUUGUCCCAGACCCAGAGUCUUUGAGGAGGCUCAAAGGUGCCCUGCUGGUGGAUCGUGUUGAAGAAAAGGAAGAUCACGUUCUGGUGUACAUAACGGAGUUAACAAAGGACAUAGCUAUCAACCACAGCUUAGACCUCCUACAGGAGCUCACAGUGCAGAACCUGAAGCCAGCCGUGGUCAAGAUCUAUGACUACUACCAGCCAAGUGACCAGGCUGAGACAGAAUACAUCUACCCUUGUGCUGCAGCUUGAAGAGUGAAGUGCGGUCAGUCGUCAGGUCGUCACUGAUUCCAUUAUAAUUUUGACCUGCAUUUUAUUAAAGAUACAUUUUAGAUGCCUUGUGUAACUCCAUGUCUCUUUGUGUAGACAUACACAAACAUUUAACACUUAUUUGCCUGUUACUAUUCGGCCAGUAUACCCUACAGCUGUGCAGGGGCGGAAUGGCAAUCGGGGAGUUCGGGAAGAUUCCCGAAUGGCUGGUCCCUUUCAAGCCGAACCGGCUGGUGGUCAAGAGUUUUUAUUUUCAGUUUCUAAUGUCUUACUUAAUGAUCCGCGACCAGCUACAGUGGAGUGCUGUCUGUGUGUCUAUCAGAAUGGGCCAAACUAAUACUUUUAUUAUGGAUGGAAAGGUUGCUGUGGCAGAUGCAGAUGAGGCAGGAGAGAAAGAAGGGGAGGAACAGCAGGAGGAGGAGAAGGUCAAUGGAACCAGACAAAAUGGGUACAGGGGCUGAGCAGGGCUGAGUAGGCAAUCAUAUUAUUCAUAGAUAGAAUUAGAAAAUGGAUUAUUGUUAAUCAUAUUUAUUACUGAUGUUCUUCUCAGGCACAUGUAGCUGUAAAUUCAAUACAAGCAGAGGGUCCAGCACAGGAAUAGGCCUACUCAGAGCUGAAGAUAAGGGAUUUGAUUUUUAUGCACACACUGCUGUAUUUCAUGGGACUGCAUUAUAGUUUUUGAUUUAUAUUAAAUUAUUUUAGCGCUCUGACUGACUCAGGCUUGCCUGACCUGGUCUUGUUCAGUGCAGAGCUGCCUUGCUUAUACAAACUGAGGAGGCAGGUGUCAUCCUGAAGUUUCUUGAAGGCCUUCGGCAUAAUCUGAUUCACUGUGUACAACAAUAACACUAAUAUGUAUUAAAAUAACUGUAAAAAAUCUUACUCCGUAAGGGCACUCAAAUAAAAAGCCUCUCCAUCUCAAAGUCCCAGGCGUAAUUUCAGUCCCUGCAGCUGUGUACCUGCUCUGUGUGUAAAGUUAAAUUCAUGCAUAAUUGACAAUAAAAUAAACUCAUCUGAAUAUUCCA